UUGCCGGAGAGCUUUCUAAAUCCCACAACGCCCAAACCGAACAUACUCAUUCGGGUACUCACAACAUUAGUAGUCCGAAGUAGAGAGACAGAGAGAGAUUGAAGGAGAGAGAGAUGGGUCGCAAGAAGAGCGUUGAAUUCGAUGAAUCCCCUCCAGAUUUCGACCCAGAGAACCCAUACAAAGACCCAGUAGCUCUGCUUGAGAUGCGUGAACACAUCGUCAGAGAGAAAUGGAUUGACAUAGAAACAGCCAAGAUCAUUCGUGAGAAGCUUCGUUGGUGUUAUCGAAUUGAAGGGGUCAAUCAUCUUCAGAAAUGUAAGCAUCUUGUUCAGCAGUAUCUUGAUUCUACUCGUGGUAUUGGUUGGGGUAAAGAUGGUCGUCAUCCUGAUUUACAUGGUCCUAAGGUUGCUGCGGUGGCGGCUGAGGAGUGAUUGUGGACAGGUGUUACUGGAAAUUUGCAGCAAGCAGCAGCUUACUUGUAUAAAGUGCAAGGACAAAUAAUGCAUCAGCUGAUUGCUUAUUUAGGCUGCUUCGCUUUAUGGUCUUUUGCUUUAUGUUACAAACUCCCAUUAAUUGUAUUUUUCUUGCCAUUUUUUCCCUGUAAAAUGUGGAUGUUGUUGGCUUUGAGGUGUUGAAUCCAGAUGAGCUGUUGUGAUUUAAGCAAUGGUUGCUAUUUGCUAGGCUACAAGAAUAAAUAAGCUUAUGCUGAUAA